AGUGAACCGGAAGUGUAAGCUAUCCUGCUGCUCCUCGGCCAGGCGGAACCUGCUCUGCUGGGCCCGGCGGCCGCAAAAGAACUUUCUUUCUCCCGCCCCAACGGUCGCCGCGGCCAACUGCCUCGCCCGCCUGGCAGCCUACCCCGUCUGCUCCUCUUUCUCCGGCUCCGUGCGGCCCUGUCUCGCUCUCGCCCCGCGGUAUCCGCUUGCAGCUGCCGCCGCCUCGUCUUCCCGGCCAGCCGGCCCGUCCGCUGCAGUGAUGUGCGACAAGGAGUUCAUGUGGGCCCUGAAAAACGGAGACUUGGAUGAGGUGAAAGACUACGUGGCCAAGGGAGAAGAUGUCAACCGAACACUAGAAGGUGGAAGGAAGCCUCUUCAUUAUGCAGCAGAUUGUGGGCAGCUUGAAAUCCUGGAAUUUCUGCUGCUGAAAGGAGCAGAUAUUAACGCUCCAGAUAAACACCAUAUUACCCCUCUUCUGUCUGCUGUCUAUGAAGGUCAUGUUUCCUGUGUGAAAUUGCUUCUGUCAAAGGGUGCUGAUAAGACUGUGAAAGGUCCAGAUGGACUAACUGCCUUUGAAGCCACUGACAACCAGGCAAUCAAAGCUCUUCUUCAGUGAUGGGCGAUGGGCUAACAGCUCUGGAAGAAUGACUCUCCUGUGGCCUCACACUGCUGCCUGUCUGUCUGUCACUCUAUCUGCCAGCUUCUUCAACUAAAUACUUUAGGAGGGGUGAGGGGAGAGAGAAAUUGAUAACAAAUCAGAUUACCAGGGAAAAAAAAACAAUAUUUUGGAGGAGAGGGAACAAACCAUGAUCAGGCUUUUACUGGAAAUCCUGAUCCAGUCAGCCUCUUUUCCAUUUCCAAUAAAAUAUUCAGCUUAAACCCAAGGAAGAGCCAAGACAAAACAUACCACUGGUAACAUUUGACCUCUUCAGCUCCCUAGCUAAUUCAUUAAUUAGAUUGUGUCGACCGUCUGACUAUACAAAGGCCAGCUCUACAUGUCGUAGCCUAACUGCGAGCAGUAGUGGCUGCUCUGACGAAAACUUCGGGUGCUGAGAUCCGUAAUUAGUUCUAGCCUUCUGCCUUAAGAUGCCCUCUCCUGGGGGGUCUCCGGCGCAGUUAGGAGCGCUGCCUGUGGUUGGCGAGCAGACCUCCCUCGGUGGCUCGGCUCAGUUACGGUGAGGAAGGGGCACACUCUAAACUGCUGGAUGACUGAACUUGGGAUUUCCUCUCUCCUUAAACAUGGAUUUCAUGUCUUCAGAUAAAACUGACUAGUUUUAUUUAUAAAAUCUUAAGUUUUGGAAGUCUAAAGGAGAAAUCAUUCCAGUAUGCAUAAUUUUUUUCUCCUCUAGAUUCAGACAUUUAUAUAACAUUGAAACACUUUCAAACUCCUGCUGGUAGUAAAAGGGGAUUUAAAAACAGAAUCAUAGCCAUAAGCCCGUUACUAUCAUAUAAAGAGAACAGUUAUCUUAGUACCUAUGGAUUUUCUUCAUUUGCUAUUGGAAUGGAUUGGCCUCCGUUAUGUUUGGAGAAUCAAGGAACUUUCUCUGGAAUGCCUCUCUCAGACCCAACUUGGAUUACUUACUGCACCAAAGCUGUCACUGGGGAGAUUUACUAUUUGGACAAAUUUAACCCCAUCCCUUCAAAAAUAUGCUUAUUACCAGGUUUCCCGGACUUGUUGAUAGGCUUCUGCUGAACAUACACCAACCCACCCACAUAUUUGUUUCUUUUUUAAGUCAUCAUCGCAUAAAGUGUGACAUCUUCAACAUGUGUUCUGUGUUCUUAAAAUACAGUGCCCUAAAAUGGUGUUCUUAUGACCUGCAGAAAAUAUUUAGACACAUUUUCAAAUGUUUACUUCAUUAGCAGUACAAUUAAAACAUGCACCCUUAAAUUUGCUAUCUUGCAUUUAAAAUAUUAAAAUUAUAUUGACUUGGCAUCAAUAUAAGCUUACUAAAAAUACUAGGGAUUUUCCUUAGCCGAAUCAUGCAAUAAUUGAAUGUACCUCAAAUUUUUAAAAACAGGAUUGUCCGGGAGGGACUUGCAUUCAGAUUGUGGAUAAUUAACAAUUGAUUUUUUUUAAGGCAGUGUAGCAUUCUGCAGCAAGGUUAAGCUAGAAUCAAAACCAGUUAGCUGAUAACACAUCUUAUUGGUCAGUUGCUGAUUGGUUGGUGUGUGGUUUGUGUGCAUGAGAGAGUGUGUGUGUGUGAGUCCCAUGAAUUCUUUUUUUAUACUGUGGGGGUUUUUUUGCUUUUGACUAGCCUAACCCUGUAGUUUUCCUGCAUUCAAGAAAACAAUCACAAACAAAAUGGUGACUUAAAUACUUGGAUGUAUUUGACUAAUUCUCCUGUCUUAAUGCAGCCUAUUAGAGUUGGAGUAGAAGUCAGUAAUCAGUAUUUAUUACCUUACUGAACUGCAACUAUCCUGUCAGAAGCUGGAGGGCACUCUACCAGUCUGUAAGUAUCAAGACAAGGGGCUCUGAUAUCUUUGUUUUCACCUAUUGGCAUCAUGCUAUUAAAAGGCUGGGAUUUUACCCUCUGCACAGUUUUUGCCUUUACUUUUCAAAGUGUUCUGUUGUUGGCUUCUGUAGAGCAUGCUGGCCUACCCUUCCUGAGCCGGGUCUGCCUUCUCGAGGCACCUGGUACAGAGACCACGGGACUGAUCGUGCAGUUCGUGUGAUAGUCCUUGUGACUGCAGUAGAGGCUACUUCGCCUUCCCUCUUCUUUCUCUGCCAUUGUGUAAAUCCCACAAGUACAAAGCAGUUGCUUGAGAAAAUAACAUAGAAUAGACUGACCAAGAUGGUUUACAGUUUUUUUUUACUAGGUUAUUUAUAUUUCUGAACCACUUGGCAGAGAAAUUCACAACACUUAAUGUUCGUAUUUUGAGUAAAGGAAGUUAAAACCAUGUCUGCUUUUUGGUACUACAUGCAUUAGUGAAAGGUUAUGUAGGUUUUCUUCUCCACUGAAAUAAUAUUUAACAUCUCAGAAAAAAUCUUGCAUGUUCUGUAGUUUUGUAUUAAGUCAGCCACUCUGUAUGCACUGUAUCAGGUAAAAACAGGUGGUUUGCCUGUUUAUAUUAGUAUACUAACAUCCCCCUUGCAGCUUUGGGCUGGUGUUCAUAGACUUAGAGUUGAAAUACAGCCCCUGAGUAUAUAACCCAAGUAGCCUUUCUGUGCAUCGCUCACCUAGUCUAAACCCAGUGGGGCAUGAAGGAGAGGCAGGUGGGUGCAGUGUGCAAGCUGCAAGCAAGUAGGCCCUUUAUUCACUCAUUUCUUUCUUCCAAAUAAUGGAUUUUAAGUCUGUAUACCUAUUUGACAUUUUUUUCCCUGAAACUGCAACUGAGCUGCUGUUUUCUUCCAUGCAACAUUGUAUGCUCAAUUGUCUAUAGAAGAAGCUGGUGAGAGUGCCCUCCCACAUAAGAAAUUGCAGUGUUUUGCAUGCAAAUUUUUAAAAAUUUAAAUUGUCCUGAUUCUAUUUUGUAAAUGGAGAAACAAUCAUAUCUUUCUAAGCAGUAAUGGAGGAAGACUAGUGCUUUGUGCAUUUUGAUAGAUUUGAGUUCAUUUUUUCCACAUUGUAAUACUUUUGACACAGUUGGGUUUCUCAUAUUACCCUAGUUCAUGUACAUCCGAAUGCUAAAUAAUACUGUGUUUAGGUUUUGUGUUGCAAGAACAAAUGGAAUAAACUUGAAUUGUGCUACA